GAUGUAUAUAAAGGGUUCUGUUUACAACAGGGUCAGGUAGUUUAGAGUCUUUGUUUUUGCCUUCGGAGCACGUCAAAAUGUCCUGACUGUGUUGCAGCCAAGUUAUUUUUUCACAACAGUUCGAUGGAAGAUAUGAUAAGUUAGUGGCGAGCGUUUUUAAGAUAGAGUUUUAUUUUUUUUUUCCUAAUACUUUCCCCCCCCCUUUGUUUUUCCUUUACUUGUGACAGAAGACAGAGGCCGCAUCUGGACAUUUUCACGAUUACCCAAAAGUUUAAGGAGCAUUUCUGUUAACGGUAGCAGCCAUGGUGUUGGUUCUGGGCAGGAGAAUAAACAGCAGUAUCUCAGACACCAAAGAAUCACCACUUGUCAAACGCAAGGUUUUGCCAGUUGAAUGCAAAGUAGGCGAUGUCUUUGACUUCUGCUCUGGUGCGUCACAUUCAGAGGGAAUCCUUCAGGUGUUCAAUGAGUUCCGCGACUGCCGCCUUUUCACUGAUGUGGUUAUCAGCGUGGAGGGCCGCGAGUUUCCCUGCCACCGCGCUGUUCUCUGUGCCUGCUCUUCCUACUUCAAAGCCAUGUUCUGCAAUGAUCACCGUGAGAGCAGGGAGAUGCUGGUUGAAAUCAACGGCAUUGUGGCCGAGGCGAUGGAGACCUUCCUCAACUAUGUUUACACUGGCCGUGCCAAGAUCACCACCGAGAAUGUCCAGUUUCUCUUUGAAACCGCCAACCUCUUCCAGAUCACCACACUGCGGGAUGCUUGUGCAAAGUUCCUAGAGGACCAGCUUGACCCAUGCAACUGUAUUGGCAUUCAGCGCUUUGCAGAUACUCACUCUCUCAAGCAGCUUGCUAGUCGCUGCAAAAGUUACGCCCUGGCAAACUUCUCAGAGGUGUCACACCACGAAGAGUUCCUUGACCUACGGGUUGAAGAGCUGAAAGACUAUAUUGGCAAAGAAGAUUUGUCCGUCAGUAAGGAGGAGAUAGUGUUUGAGGCAGUGAUGAAAUGGGUGUACCACAACGUGGACCAAAGGCGAAGCAUGCUAAAGAGUUUGCUGCAGCACGUUCGGUUGCCCCUGCUUCAUCCCAAUUACUUCGUCCAGACAGUGGAGGGAGACGAGCUCAUCCAGAACGCUCCAGAGUGCUACCAGCUCCUCCAUGAGGCCAGGCGCUACCACGUGCUAGGAAACGAAAUGAUGUCACCCAGAACUCGUCCACGCAGGUCGACUGGUUACUCAGAGGUGAUUGUAGUGGUUGGAGGUUGUGAGCGAGUGGGGGGCUUCAACCUGCCCUACAAUGAUUGCUAUGAUCCAGUCACAGGGGAAUGGAAAUCCCUGGCAAAGCUGCCUGAGUUCACCAAGUCAGAGUAUGCUGUCUGCACCUUGCGUAAUGACAUCUUGGUGUCUGGAGGACGCAUUAACAGCAGGGAUGUGUGGCUGUACAACUCGCAGCUCAACCUUUGGAUCAAAGUGGCUUCUCUUGUCAAGGGCCGCUGGAGACAUAAGAUGGGUGUCCUACUGGGCAAGGUCUACGCUGUGGGUGGCUAUGACGGGCAGAGCCGCCUGAGCAGUGUGGAGUGCUACGACUCCUUCUCCAACCGCUGGACAGAAGUGGCUCCAAUGAAAGAGGCAGUCAGUUCUCCAGCUGUGGCCAGCUGCAGCGGCAAGCUCUAUGUUAUUGGAGGAGGCCCGGAUGAUGAAACUUGUUCAGACAAGGUUCAGUGCUUUGAUCCAAAUACAAAUACAUGGUUACUACGGGCCAGCAUCCCCAUCGCUAAGCGCUGCAUCACAGCUGUGUCCCUCAACAACCUGAUCUAUGUCUGCGGUGGCCUUACCAAGAACCUUUAUUGCUACGACCCAACACAAGACUACUGGAUGCUUGUGUGCCACACCUUUACCAAACAGGAAAGUUGUGGCAUGUCAGUGGUUAACGGGAAGAUCUACAUCCUUGGUGGCCAAGGGGAAAAUGGUGAAGCUACAGAUACAAUCGUAUGCUAUGACCCAGCGACAGGCCUCAUGUCAGGAGAUCAUGGCAUGCCACGACCCAUCUGCUACCACGGAUGUGUAACCAUCCACCGCUAUUGUGACAAAACCAAGCCAUGACUCUAAACACAGAAACACAGACAAGCGACAUGUGAGGACACACCACUAUAGCCAAACUUUUUAUGUACUUCACAUAGACACAUAUUACAUUUAAACAAAAGACAUCUGAAUUAGUUCAAAUUAAAGGAGCAGGGAGCUAAUUUAUUCUUUCCCAUCAUUUUGUCUUUUUUGGGGCAAUCUGCACAUAUUUUAGAUUAGGCAAUCUAAAAUGUACCCCACUGACCUGGUUCCUAAUAUUUCCAUACAGCAGAGCAUAUGGAAAUACUAAUUAGAAGUAUAAGUAUUUUUUUAAAAAAAAUGUAUAUACAGUACAGACCAAAAGUUUGGACACACUUUCUCAUUGAAUUCAAUGAGAAGGUGUGUCUAAACGUUUGGUCUGUACUGUAUAUAUAUAUUUAAACUGUACUUUUUUAUUCGCUGAUUUGUAAUUGAGCUGAAAUGUGGGCAACAGUCAGCCAGCUGACUAUAGUGCCACAUUAUCAGUUCUUUUAUCCAUUUACAGCCCUAACCCGUUAAAAAGAGGCUGAAGUAACACAUUCAUCAGUUGUCAGUGAUAGCUCUGCUCUGUUGUUUCAGUUUUUUCCUCGCAAGUUCCCACUUCACAAGCUUGUUUCCCCUCACCUGUUCCACAUUGUUUCAUCACCUCAGUUUGUUUUCUACAUUACUAUUUGUGUUCUCCAUUGCAAUUAACUGAUUUCUCAUGUUUAUAUAUAUAUAUAUAUAUAUAUAUUUCUUUAAUUUAUAUGUCUUUUUAUUUUUUUUUAUAAAAGCAUGUCAUAUUAUUUACAUCAUUGGUGUGUCAGAUAAGUAUUACUGUCAGCUUUUUGGUGUUUGGGACAUGUGGGUGGUUUUGUUAGUUAGAAACCUUUGUAGAUCAAACUCAAGGAUCGCUCUGAAUAACUGAUGUGUGUGCAUGACAAGUAUGGAUGUGUGACUUUUAUGACUCAGCCUGGAUGUGUUGGAAUCCAGCAGGUUUGACAUCAAGUUGUAGCAUAAGCACGGCACAACUGCUAACUCUUAAUUGAGGCUGGCGCCUCUCACUUAAACAUUAACAUACAAAGAUGUAACUUUGAGUAACCAAGGGUGCGUUUGUCUGUAUGUGUGUUUGCUGGUCGGUGAAGGUGUGCAGCAAUGGUAUACCUCACAUAUGGGGUUAAGAGUACAUGCUAAAGAUUUACGACUUUGUGGCUCACAAUCUGUAAAGUUUAUUUUGUUUUUUGUUUUACAAGUUGGUAUUGAUAGACCAGAGAAUUGCUGUGAAUAUAACUUUAAAGGUUUCUCUUUGUAUGGAAAACAUUGUUGUUGUUGUUGUUUUUUGUGUUUUUCUGUAACUAAGAUCCCCAGCUGUGCACUUUGACAAAACCUUUUUCAAUGUAGGCAGAUUUAGAAACGAAAUUACCUUUACUUUCAUGUAAAGUGCACAAAACAGUAAAUCAUCUUUAAUGGCUUUGAGUUCUUCUAAAACUGACAAACUGAACACAUUUGGAGAGUUUCUUGCCAUUUUUAGGACAACAGGAACAAUCUAUGCGUGUAUUACCACUUAGAAAUGCGCAACUUACUCUGUGGACAGUGAGCGUUACAUAUAUUUUUAUCUCUGAAAAUCAACAAAGCUGUUGGGGUUAUUUCCUUUUAUUCAUCAUGCAUGCUAUGAGACAGCUUAAUUUGGUGUUAGGCCUUGAAAUUAAGAACCUCUUGAUUCUCUUCUCCACACAUAAUUUUUUUUUGUUUGUUUGUUUUCAUAAUGUGCUAACUCAGAAGGCCAGCUGGACGGGUUAAAGGAUGGGUUAAUGUAAGAAAAAGGCUUAAAAUAGUGAGAAUGAGAAACAAAUGUGCUUUCUGCUGAGAUUUUUAAAAUACCUUUAAAUUGAGACACAAACAUUGUCCUGAUAUUUUGAUUUAUUGGUUUUGCAAUGAACUUUCAUUUAUUGCCUGCUUGUGAUGAGCCUAUAUACUGUUAUUUUGUUUAAUCUGAUUUCUUUUUUUUUUCUUCUUCUUCUUUUUGCGGUGAGAUGUGUAUUUGUGUGUUGAUCAGAUAACAUCAUUCCAACAGGUUAAAUGGUAUAUUGCAAAUGCUGACUGGAAUAGUUGAGCACAAACAUAUAUAUAGUUUACCCUUCAUUAUAAAUACAGAUAUCAACCAAAGUUAAUCUGAUUUUUGUCCCAGUUUAUAUGUGUUGAAAAAUAAUUGAUUGUACCUGCAUGUAAGAUGGACGAUUGAACAUGUUAAAUGCUGUGCCGUAUGCCUUAAAACAAAUCAUGACAGGGCUAUUUAAUCUGGCCUUUUUGAUAUUGUUUAUUGUAUGUAUGAUGUAAGAAAGAGAACAUUUUGGAUAUUGGUAACCUGCAACAUGUUGCACUGGUUGAAAGAGGAACAUCAAUAAACUCUUUAUAAAUGCUU